CUUGCGUAGCAACCGGUCAAACACUCACUGCGAUUGUGCGUCGUUUCUCGAGUUGUUGACGUGUAGUUUAUUGUACCAAACGAACGUUUAUGGCGGCCGUUUCGACUCAUCGUGUCGAGAACAAGCUUCGAUCGGCCGUCAAAUCAAGACAAGUAAGAGUCAACGAGUUCUUCAAAGACUUCGAUCGCCUUCGAAACGGUUUCAUCACUCGCGAUCAAUUUCAACGAUGUUUGAACCAACAUUUUCGGGUGAUGCUGAGCGAGGACGAGUUGCGUUCGUUGAUUGCAAAAUAUGACGAGAAACGAAAUGGAAUGGUGAAUUACAAGUCAUUCUGUGACGUCAUCGAUUCAAGUUUCAAUCCAAAUCUUCUUGACUCUAUGCCAGAACUUCAGUUGUCAGCGAUGAGACUGUCAAGUGAACAUCAGUUGGAUAGUGGUUCUAUAGAGAAAACAAAUGAGCUGUUGAGACGAUGUUCACAAUAUUACAAGUAUAGAGGCGUUAAAGUCAAAGAUUGUUAUGAAGAUUUUGAUCGUCAUCACAUCGGCCUUGUUACUGAAAGUCAAUUUUAUCGAAGUUUUCCUGGACCUCCCGAUGUGACAGAAGAUGAACUUCGUCUCUUGGCUUCUCGAUAUUAUGACCCUGGCCCCAAACUUUAUAACUUCUUGCUGUUUCAUAGUGAUGUGGAGAACCUUGAAGCCGCUGCCAUUGAGGAAAGGCGACAAGCAAGAGGCAUUGCUGGUGACAAGGGUAGAGGGAAAGGUACGGACCUCCAGGCAGUCUUUAACAAACUAAGAGUGACUGUAUACAAGGAUGGCAUUCGUACAACCGAAUUCUUUCGAGAUCAUGACAAGUUGCGCAGUGGCCUCAUCACAGAGAAUCAGUUUGUGUGUGGUCUUUCUCUUUGUUGUGAGAAAUCUCAACAGUUGACACGUGAAGAAGUGCAGCUGCUCAUCAACUGUUACAGAAAUGACGAUGGACGUGUGAAAUACAGAGAGUUUUGUGAUGCAAUGGAGAAUGCAUUCAAUGAGCCAGAACUUGAGAAGAAGCCAACACACGAAGUUGUUAGACCUCUCAGAGGCGUCUUAGCAUGGUCUCCCAAUCAGUUGAGCCCAUCUGACGAGUCCCACAUGGUCCAACUUCUCUCUCGUCUAUCAGACAUCGUCCGCAAGCGACGCCUCCUCAUCUACCCCAUGUUCAAAGACUUCGACAGAGGAAAGGGUUACACUCGUGGAGUGACGAAACCUCAGUUUUCUCGUAUCCUUCAUUUCAUGUCACUUCAGAUGUCGGACGAAGACAUUAAGUUGAUUUGUCGGAAGUUUGAGAAUCAGACGACGGGAGAUGUUAAUUAUUCUGCUUUUAUUCAGGCUAUUGAUUCCGAAUAUACGGGACAAGUUGUUGAGGAAGAAAAGCCUGCAACUGUGGAAAGUCCUGACACAUCACUUGCUACCAUGGCAACAUCCGACAUGACAGAAGCUUCUCUUCUCGAGCUAAUCGAUCGCAUUAAGCAUCACGUCAAAGUCAAUCGCAUUCGUGUGUGCGAGUUUUUCCAGGAUUUUGAUCCUCUCAAUACGGGCUCCAUUACUAAAGGACGCUUUAGACAGGCAAUUAGCGCCAUGGAAUACAACAUCACACAACCUCAAUUCAACUCACUCAGUGCACGUUACAUCGACCUCAAGCACACCGACUGCAUCCUGUGGAAACAAUUCGUCGGGGAAGUUGAUGCUGUCUUCACUCAACCAAAUCUAGAAGCCACGCCCACGCAUUGUGUUCCCAACGUUGAUAAAUUUACGGUGACGAGACUUGGUGAACGUGACUGGAGAGACGUGUCUGAGAGAGAGAGGGACGUGCUGGAAGGAGCAUUGAUAAGGCUGAGAGAGAAAACGAGGCAGCGGCGAGUGUUGACUAAACCUUGUUUUCAGGAUUUUGACAGACACAAUCACGGCUACAUAACUUCCGCUCAGUUCCGUCAGUGUCUCUCUUGUCUCAACUUCACAGCAAGUGACGAAGAAGUGAAGUUGAUUGAGGAACGUUUCUCUGAUGAUGAGGGAGUGAAUUAUGUGAAAUUUCUGGCUGAGAUUGAGCCGACUGAAAGAGAGGAGCCGAAAUAUACAGAAUAUGUUAGAACUCUGCAAGCACUUCAGGAGAACAAGAAACGAACAGUCGCACAACAGACAUCUGUCAACAUUGAUGAACUAAUGAUCAAAAUCAAAACAAAGGUGAGUCGUGAACGCAUCCGUGUGUUGGAGUUUAUGAGAGAUUAUGAUAAGCUGCGAACCGGUCGCAUGUUGAAGACAGCCUUCCCUCGUGCUCUGGAUCUCUGCUCAUUCCUGCUGACACCAUCAGAAGUAGAGGCACUCAUUACUAAGUAUGAGUAUCCAGAUGAUCCAUCAUACGUUGAAUAUCUGAAAUUCUCUAAUGACAUGGAGGCCACAUUUACAACAAAAGACUUAGAGAAGAUGCCCUUGCUUGAAGUUCAGCCGUUUGUUCCACCAGUUGCUGUCAACCAGAAUGUUCUCACACGAGAGGAUGAGACAAUGUUGGACUUUACAAUGCAUCGACUCGCUGAACGAGUGAGAGUAAGAAGCAUACAAACAAUACCAUUGUUUGAGGAUUAUGACAAAGUUCAUAUUGGAAGUGUGUCACGUUCUCAGUUCCACCGUGUGUUGAGUGAACUCGAACUCAGCAGUCUGGUGAGCACACACGAAUUCAAAGUCAUAUACAAACGAUUCAACGUGCAAGUAGGCGGAAAAGACGACGUCAACUACAUCGCAUUCUGUGACAUGAUCGACGCGUAUGCACAGUUCGUGUGGCGAGAACGACUGCAAUGA